GCGCGGAACACGCGGUCCACCGAGCCACUCCGCGCGGCAUUACGUCGCGCACCGUCGACCGCGACUGAUGUUCGCGCGAGAGGAUCGUCGACCGGUCUCUCUACACCGAUCGUCGCGAGCAUGACUCGGACCGUUGCCAGAAGGAGAUGUCAGGAGGCGUUAUGUAGGAUAAGUGUUCCGUUUAUCCAAGUGUAAUGCCGUGACGUUAUAUCGGAUUCGAGAAAUCGUCAUCCCGUAGCGACAACCUGUAGGAAUAGAAAUCGCGACAGAUGAUUUAGGGUAGUUUGAGUUGUACCGCUGGCCGACAGUGUUCCUAAAGAGACACGGAGAAAGAGGCGGGGGGGGAUUUUUUAUGUGGUUACGAGUGACACUUUGAGAUAACGAAUGUUAAUUGACGAUAGACAGUGACGAUGUAUUUGAAAUUGCCGGUUUCUCCGAUCGCGCAUCGCGCAAGAAGUGCAACGGUACAUCGCGAGACUCAUUGUCAGUUGAAAAGAGCCGCCAUCGCCGCCGCCGCCGCCGCCGCCGCAUCGAUCGUGGAUCAAGACCGGAACGGAAUUCCGACGUAGUGACGAUCUCGCGACCGAUGAUGAAAAUCGACGCGAUCCAGAGGAAGGAACGACCGAUCGAUUACGAAGAGCGAAAGAUCUGCCGCGGAGGCUGGUAGCGAGGCACGACCAGUCGCACCUCCGUCUGCGAAGUAAGCGUCAAGUCACGACGUCCCGGCCGGGGGGUGCGUGCUUAGGCGACGAGGGGCGGCUACUGGCCGAUGGGAUGCAUCUACCGGUGGGUUCCGUGGGCUGCGGGGAGAAUUACGGCACCGUUGGAUCUCACGAAGGCGCCGGCCCGUGUGGUCCCUCCCUGGCGCCGCUGCAAGGUGUAAACAGCAGGUACCACCAAGUAGACGACGCCGACGCCGGAGGUGGAGGCGGCGAAAUGAGCGAAAGUGCCGCCGUCGGCGAACUUUGGUGGACAGAAAGGCUCGUCGGCGAAGCGCAAGCCGAACAUCCCGGAGAGUUGGUCAGGACAGGAUCGCCGUACUUUCUGUGCAGUCAACUACCGACGCACUGGCGAUCCAACAAAACACUCCCAGUGGCAUUUAAAGUGGUUGCCCUCGGCGAGAUUGGCGAUGGGACUCUGGUGACAGUUCGCGCUGGUAACGACGAGAACUGUUGCGCCGAAUUGCGAAACUCUACCGCGCUGAUGAAGAAUCAAGUUGCUAAAUUUAACGACCUUAGAUUCGUCGGCAGGAGCGGCAGGGGAAAGAGCUUCAGCAUCACCAUUACCGUGUCGACGACGCCACCCCAAGUAGCAACGUACACGAGGGCGAUCAAGGUGACCGUCGAUGGACCGCGGGAGCCACGAUCGAAAACGAGGCAGCAACAUCAACAAUUCCGCGCGCUCGGUCUAGGACAAAGACCCUUCCUCGACGCGCCCACCUCGUUCAGGUCCCACCUGCGGGAACUCGAAUCCUUCGGGAGGAAUAAGCAUCACCAUCAUCACAGCAGCAGUCACUUACACGACCAGCAGACUGGCAACAACGUCACCACGAAUUCGGUUAGCGGUGCCUGCACCAACCCCAACAACACCGACCCGACCGCAUCGCCGGCUUCCAGUACACACCUCGGGGCUACCGGCGGCUCUUCUGUUCAUCAGGAUUGCUACAAGCGCAGUCCUCAACACGGCGAUACGGGUAUAGGUUCCACAGAAUGGGCCUAUCCAUCCACAGCACCUUCUUAUCCAGCUCCUCCAGUCAGCAGCAGUGGUUCCUACUCUCCUUUGCCUGGCGGUGCAUUUUCAUAUCCAGGGGAAUCACUGUCACAUCAUCCAACAACAGAACCGGUGCCAUUACCAACCGUACUUUCUUCGGAAACUCAACAGGACACCUACACGCCGAAUUGCGUUUCCAUGUACUCGGGACACGGCACUUCGCCGACCACGUCCUUGCCCCUGGUACCGACCAGACCAAGCGACCCUGACAUCUUUGCCGGUGGUGGCACGGGCAGUGCGGGUAGCCCGGGUUACCAUUACAGUUCCUGGACACCUGGCCCGGCGACCCCGGUCCCAGUGGCUUCCCACAAUUACAACCCCAAUUAUCAAGGCUACUAUAACAAUCCGAGUCAGAAUUACAUUACGGGUCCGACACCAAUGGUCCUCUAUCCUCAACUCUACAGCACCGUCAAUCAAAACCAGAUUCAUCUGCACUUACAUGGCGAUUUAAGCGAGGACCAGGUCACCAUAGCCGGUGGCAAUCUUACCAUCAGUAGCAUCCGAGAGAUCGGCGUACUCGGCGAGGAAAACGAGCAGAGAAACGACGUGUGGAGGCCGUAUUAAACAGAAGAGAUCUCCGUUGAUAUCAUUUAAAUGGCCAGAGUGGCACAUCAUGUGCGAAUUUCAAAGUGUGGCAAUGUCAUUUUUAAUUAGUGCUCUAAUUAGUGUAACAUAUAACAAAGACAGCAGGAUCUGUACCGAGCAUCAAACUCCAGAAGAGAGACGCGCGUAAGACAAUUGCUGCAUGAAUAGCAAUGUUUCUUCGGGUCAUUCACAGUUGCGCUAAUUAUCGCGUCUGUAAAAGUUGGUGAAUGAUAUCCGGUGUUCCAUAGUGAUCGUGUAUGAAAGUGAAAAUUAUUGACUCAUUCACGUUGAAUGAAUUAACAUUUCACAAACAUAGAAGUGAAACAAACUUUACUAAAAACAAUUCCUCAGUUUGUGAAAAAUCCACCAAUAAUGGCAGAUUUUAUUGAAUAAAACUGACUGUAUUAAUAAGACCAAUCAAUGAGUGAAGAAUCAUCAUUGUGCGUACAUACAAAAAUGAAAAGCCUCUCGGUGUUUCGUAAUGAUCGUGUCUAUGAAAUUAUUGAUUCGCUCAUGUUGAGCAUGAGACAAAGUAAAACAAAUUUUAUUAAAAAAAAUCUUUCUUAACAGAUUAGCGAAUAUUUGCAAGAUCUGUUAAAUAAAGGGAAAACUGAUAAAACUAAUACAAGUAAUUGGAGAAUCGUUAUGUGCAUACAAGAUGGAGCCUUCAUCUUCAUUCGAUUGUUUCUUGAAACGAGUUGAGAAUCAUGAGAAUAUCGUUUGAUUCUUGAGCGGAGAAGUUAGUCAAACCAUCUGUAACGUUGUAAAUAUACACAUAUUUUCAGAAAUGAAA